AUGUGCUGGGAGAGCAGGGCAGAGAGGUGUGUAGCGGCUGCUGCCUCUUGAGGCUAGAACCAAGUGGCCUAAGGGACCUUGCAGGAAUACAGGGGAGAGCGUGGACAGCAGGCUAUAUGGCGCUGCUCCCAGUCACAUGACAGCACAGACCUCAGAGUAACGGGGCGUGUCGUAUUACGGAACCAAUGUGUAAAUGAAAUGUUCCUGUCGGACUCCUCGAAUGAUGGACAUGCCGGAAGUGGUGUAAAUACAGUUGCCUUGGAAACUAAACCGCUGUUAUCCUGUGAGUACUGCCAGAGAUGGCCGAGGAUGCACCAAAGACGGUCCCACCAGACUCUACAAGCUUGAGAAAAUCUCGCAUUAAAAAAGCCCCGGAUCUACCUAUCCUGGAAAGGCGCAACUGGCUUAUCCACCUGCACUAUGUUCGAAAGGAUUACGAGGCUUGCAAGGCUGUGAUUAAGGAGCAGCUGCAGGCAACAGAAGGAGUGUGUGAAUAUGCAGUAUAUGUACAAGCAUUACUCCUAAGAUUGGAGGGGAAAAUCCAGGAAUCUCUAGAACUUUUCCAGACUUGUGCAAUCUUAAACCCGACCAGUGUUGAUAACCUGAAACAAGUGGCGCGAUCACUGUUCUUACUUGGGAAGCACAGAGCAGCAGUUGAGGUUUACAUUGAGGCAGCAAGACUCAAUAAUAAGGAUUGGGAGAUAUGUUACAAUUUGGGCGUUUGUUACCUGUAUUUGAAAGACCUGAGCAAGUGUAAAGAACAGCUGAAUUUGGCUCUGCAGUUGCACAGACAAGAUCUAAUCUCCAUGACCCUGGGGAAGAUCCAGUUAAUGGAGGGAGAUACCGAAGGUGCCAUUCAGACUUAUUUGCAGGCACUGCAGUUGUCUCCAGAGAGCACAGAGCUGUUAACCACACUGGGACUCCUCUAUUUACAAAAUGGUUUGUAUCAAAAAGCAUUUGAAUUUCUUGGAAAUGCUCUGACUUAUGACCCCAGUAAUUAUAAGGGCAUAUUAGCAGCUGGCUGUAUGAUGCAGUCUCAUGGUGAUUAUGACGUGGCUCUCAGCAAGUAUCGCGUCGCAGCUGCCAGUGUGCCUGAGAGCUCCCCUCUGUGGAACAACAUCGGCAUGUGCUUUUAUGGCAAAAAGAAAUAUGUGGCGGCCAUCAGCUGUCUGAAGCGUGCUCUCUACCUUUCCCCAUUUGACUGGCGAGUACUCUAUAACCUGGGGCUUGUCCAUCUCAGCAUGCAGCAGUAUGCUUCAGCAUUCCAUUUCCUGAGCGCUGCCAUCUCCCUGCACCAUGGCAAUGCAACACUUUACAUGUUGUUGGCAGUGGCACUAACUUAUCUGGAUGAUUCAGAGAAUGCCAAGAGCUCAUAUCAGCAGGCGGCCAGUCUGGACCAGACAGAUCCCCUUGUGAAUUUGAACUUUGCUGUUUUGCUGUAUAACCAGGGAGAUAAGAAAGGUGCGUUGACUCAGUACCAGGAGCUAGAGCGUAAAGUCAGCACUCUCCGAGAGACUACCACUGAGUUUGACCCUGAGAUGGUAGACAUGGCCCAGAAGUUGGGAGCAGCCCUACAGGUUGGGGAGAGUCUGGUUUGGACCAAACAGACAAAAGACCAAAAGUCUAAGCAGCGAGCAGCUCUGAAAGCUCCCGGGGCAGAGCAGACCCCAUUGGGGUCUAAUCAAGCUCUGGGAAGAGCAAUGUCUUCUGCUGCCGGAUACAGCAAGGCUGCUGCUCUCCCAGCAGGUUCCACUACUUCUGUCUCCAAACCACCAUCUCUGCCACUUGAACCAGAGGACCCUACAAAUUCUGGUCCUGCUACAGAGUACAAGAGAGGUCCCAGCUAACUCUUAUACAUGGAGAACUGUAAACAAGAGAUUCUCCAGACAGACCGUAGAUAUUUUGGUAGAUUUAUCAGCACAUAUCUGAGUUAGUUAAUGGAGUGUUACCUGGUGUAAGAUAAACACUUCAUGACUGUAAGCAUCAGUUAAUAUCCUUACUGAUCUUUUAGUACUGUAUGCUAUGCACAUGAAUUACGUGUAUAUCUAGCAUAUGUGUAAACCAGCCCUGAUGUGUGUGGGCUUAUCUAAGUUGUAAAAAUGUUGUAUAUAGAUUGACUUUUAUUUAAAAGACAAAAAUAAAUAGCUUUCUCACA